AUGACGUCCUCUUUCAACGGGGACUUUGCCAGGCUUGUACCUCGCAACCGUGCUUCCCAGGUCUUGUUCUCCGAGACCAUUGCCUAUGUGGACAAGAACGACACCUUCCAUUUACGAUUUAUGGAACGCGCACUCGCCGAAGCCUACCACGCAUCGAGCGAGUCUCCAGAGGACACUACUGACUACGACAGCCCCCAUGAUGCCAUCGAUAGAGAUCUCCAGCUGAAAGACAUACCAAACUCUGGCUACUAUGUCUUCUCAUUCGACAAAAAGCGUGCCCCAGAGAUGCCUCAUAUCGGAUGGAGAGUGGGUCGAGGAACCAGCAAAGUCCCUAUGAACCGUGGCGUUGACCUCCUUCUUGCCAAACCUGGCCAUCCCUGGGGCAAAAAGAUAGCAAGCGUGCAUCUGCUAUUCCGCUUUAAUCUUAGAUCAGGCUUUCUUGUGAUGAGCGCACAAAGCCAAAAAACCUUAGUAGAAGUCAAAGUCGGCACUACGUGGGAGAGGCUGGCGUACAAAGGGGAACGCUUGAUUCAUCAGCCUACUGUGUUAGUACGAGCUGGGGUCUGCGAAUAUGAAUUAGAAUACACGGUUGAGGAGAAGCAUAGGGAAGCCUAUUUCGAAGAGAGAAUGGUUUUCCUUGAAUCGAUACAACCUAACAAAGAUGCUAGAGCUGGGAACUUCCGAAAACUCCCUGGCGACAGUUGCGUGCUAAAGGGUCGAUACCUUGAAUUCGAAACCAAGGGAUAUGGAACAUUUGGCUGGGUAAGUCAAGGGCUAGAUACUAGAAAUGGUGAUCCAGUCGCCAUCAAAGAACUGCGCCUCAAGAGCCGAUCAAAUCGUGAUGAAGCCUUACUCGAAGUGAAAAUGGGAAAAGACUUUCUUAAUAAGCGUGGACUCCUUCCUAUCUUGGACGCGUGGUGCGAACACGGCAAUUCUGAAGGCUGUGGCAGUCCAGAGCGAUACUACAUUGUCAUGCCGCACGCACUUACUGAUCUGUCAACCAAUUUCUGGACCAGCCUUAGGAUUUCGCAGGUAGAUAAGCUGCGUUGGCUGAGGGACCUUCUGGAAGGUCUGGCCACAUUGCAUAUGAUGGGAAUUAUACAUCGCGACAUUCGGCCCCAAAACAUGCUGAUAAUGUCCAACUCACCCCCAAGGGCUUCGAUCUGUGACUUUGGCAAGGCAAUCAAAGCACAAACGUCCAACUUCACAGCAAUCGGUCCCAUCUCGACUUGCGCGCCUGAAGUAUGGAGGGUCCUUAAUUUCGGACCCUAUACUAAUAAAAUUGAUACUUGGGCUUUUGGGUAUGCUAUAGCUGAUAUAUUGGGCUAUUCUGUGGAAAAGUAUCCUGGGGCCGACGGUCUCAAGGAGGCUAAUCCUAAAAUCACGCGGAACCGCCACGCCGCGAUGGUUCAGAUGCUUCUGGACCAUUCUGAGAAGCGUCCUGAAGACGCAGCUCUGGUUGAUCUUGCGUUGAAGCUGCUGGUCUGGGACUCGAAGCUCCGCUGGUCCGCGAAGCAGGCCCUGAGCCAUAAAUGUUGGGCCCCAAUCUUGCGAGAAAUUGGAGGGGAUAGAGACAGCAGGGAGGCCGCCACAGAGGAAUAUCAGCCCCAGGCCAAAAGAGUCCAUGUGAUAGCUUCGGAGGCAGACCCGCCCGCACCUUUGCACGAGACGGUGCCCACCCAGGAGGCUUCGGAAGAGACCAAAGCUAUGAUAGCGAGGCUAUACCCGAAAAAGAAAGGAUGA